AUCCAUUACUGUUUUAGCUACAAAUGCAAUAAGUGAUCCCAAUUUAGACAUAAUUUAAAUACGUGUGUGAGUUGUCUGGAAACCGAAGGAAUUUCAGAUGAGUCGUUUUUACUUUCUUAACAGAAACUGUAAUGCACUCGGUCGAAAAUGAAGUUUCCGUUACAGAAAUCAAAUUGUUCUUUCAUCGUUUAUUUCUGGGAAAGAAAGGUAUUAAUAUGAAGUAUUCAGAAAAUCCCAUGACGGAGACAGGAAUUUCCCUUUCUUAUCAAAGAGUUUUAUAAACCCCGCCGAUACGCUCAGUGGUGCAUUUUCAUUAAUACUGACAACAUGAACUACUUUGAGGAAACCAUCUUGACCGUUGAUUGUUCCGAAGAUCUUUUAACUUCCAUGGAUGAGAAGAAGAAACUCGUUUUUUCUGAAGACUCGAUAGAGAAACUGAGACUUGCAAUGUAUAAACUGGAUGAACUUCAGCAGCAGUGCCAAGUGGCUCUGGAGCCAACACUUGAGCAACAUGGACUUAAUUCAGAUAAGGUUACAACGUUUCAAAUCCGUGAACUUUCCAGAGUCUUAUUCCAAAGGGCAAGCGUAGACAAGACUGACGUUGAAAAAAUGGAAGAAGACCUCCAGCUGUUCCAGAUCUUCAAGGCCGCCAUUAAACUGGUGACUAAAAGUGGGGAUGAAAAUGUACAACAACUGAGGGAUAAUCUGGAACAUUGGCUUAAUUCCAUCACACCAGUGAUAAUUGAAGUGCUUCAGAGCAAUGGCAUUUCUCCGCCAAAACCAACCACAAGCGCACACGUAAAGGAGACUCUGAAUAAACAAACGAAGGAUUUUUUGGAAUUUGUCUCUGACAACGACAAAGAAAACGUAGUGGUCAAGGAGCGCACUCCGAUAGAGGAAGACUUAACAGACAACUACCGAAGUGCUGUUUGUGACGUCAGAAAUUACGUCACUGUUAGGGAUCUUGGUACUCUGUUAUUGAUCUUCAAAAAAGACUUUGGUCAUGCGAUCAGACGGAGUUGAAACUUAGAAAUAUUUUCACAUACGCGAAAAUUAAUAGCCUUGAUAAUAUUUUAAUAUAUUCAGAUAUAUAUAUAUAUAAAUACAGAGAGCUCAUGUAAUGUAAUAUGUAUUAUGUUAUCAAUAUAUAUAUAUAUAUAGUAAAUACUCUAGUGGUUCUGAAUUCGUAUUUAGCUUUGAUAUUGUAUAACUAUUGAAUCAGUGUAUUACAUAUAUAUCACUGGAUGAGCAAUAAAACAAUGUUUUAAUUA